GUGUUUCAGGCACUGGUCGCUCCACUUUUGUCAAUACCCUUUGUGGUAGUGAGGUUUUAGCCAAAAAGUUAUGCGACAAUCCUGAAUCUGCACAUAUAGAAGAAGGCAUUCGCAUUAAACCAGUAACAGUUGAAUUGGAAGAAGAUGGGGCCAGAAUUGCUUUAACCAUCGUAGACACACCUGGAUUUGGAGACAAUAUAGACAACGAAUUUUGUUUCCAAGAAAUUAUGGGUUAUUUGGAAAGACAAUAUGAUGAUAUCUUAGCUGAAGAAUCGAGGAUUAAACGUAAUCCACGAUUUCGAGAUAAUCGUGUCCACGCGCUUCUUUAUUUUAUUACUCCUACCGGUCAUUCGCUUCGCGAGAUUGAUAUUGAACUAAUGAAGCGCCUCAGCCCACGCGUUAAUGUCAUUCCAGUCAUUGGUAAAGCUGACACAUUCACACCCGCUGAGCUAGCAGAAUUCAAAAAAAGAAUUAUGGAGGAUAUUGAUUAUUACAAUAUUCCAAUCUACAAUUUCCCAUUUGAUGUUGAAGAAGAUGAUGAGGAAACUGUUGAAGAGAAUAGUGAAUUACGGGCUCUUUUACCUUUCGCUAUUGUUGGAAGUGAAGAAGAAAUUGUUGUAAACGGAAGAACUGUUCGUGGACGUCAAUAUCCGUGGGGUGUCGUUGAAGUUGAUAACCCACAGCACUCUGAUUUUGCCAGAUUAAGAUCGGCUCUCUUGAGUUCUCAUUUACAAGACUUGAAAGAAAUCACACACGACUUCCUAUACGAGAAUUAUCGUACUGAGAAGCUUAGCCGAAGUGCAGACGAUAAUGAAGAUGACAUUAAUACCUCGGAAGGUAUUGCUACUCAGAGUGUUCGUUUGAAGGAAGAACAAUUGAAACGUGAAGAAGAGAAGUUGAGAGAAAUUGAAUUAAAGGUUCAACGUGAGAUAUCAGAAAAGAGACAAGAACUCUUGGCAAAAGAAGAAGCUUUGAGAAACUUGGAGGCGCGAUUAGCACAAGCUCAAGAAUCGCAGGG